UCGCGGGCCAUCGGUUCCUACCAGACUCUUACUGGGGGUUGGCGUGCUACCCCAUGGCUGGACACAGGCCCCCAAACUUACACCCUCCUCCAGACAGUGGAAGGGGUGGGUCUUCCGGACCCGGGCCGAUGCCCCUGUGGGUUGAUAUUCCAAGCUGGUUGAGCGUCCAGGUGGCCCCUGGCAGAAUGAUGGUCUGGCCAGGGAUCGGCCCAACCAUCUGCCGCAGCCCAGAGGUGUGGGGCGUCCCCUUGGGUACCCCGCCUUAUGAAUUCCUGGGCGGGGUGGGCCCCAGCAGAGCUGGCCAGGCAGAGCCCUGGCUCCCGGGCCCCUCCGAGCCCACUGGCCUCAAACCCUACAUUGCCCUGCUGAGCACCCCGAAGUUGGCGCUGCCCGAGGACGUCUCGGCCAUAGAGAAGGAGAUGGCACAACUGGCCAAGGAGCUGCGGCAGAAGAGGCUGACCCUGGGCUACUCACAGGCGGAUGUGGGCGUCGCCGUGGGCGCGAUGUUCGGCGAGGUGCUCAGCCAGACGACCAUCUGCCGCUUCGAGUCCCAGCAGCUCAGCCUGGCCAAAAUGUGGAAGGUGGGGCCGCUGCUGAAGAUGUGGCUGGCGGAGAUGAACGUCAAGAACCACCAAGGCCUCUGGAAAAUGGAGAUGAUUCUGCAGCAGGGCCGGAAGCGGAGGCAGGCGCACAGGGAGACAAGACUCCGGAACGACCUGGAGAGGCUCUUCCUGCAGUGUCCGCGCCCCACACCCCAGCAGAUCAGCGGCAUCGCCGGGCACCUGCGCCUCCGGAAGGAGCUGGUCCGGAUGUGGUUCUGCCUUCGGAACCAGAGCUGCGGUCCAGGGACACCCCGUGCCCCGCGGCAGGAGAUGGCAGCAGCGGCCGGGCUCCCUUCCCCGGGGCCGCCCGUGUGCUUUCCCCUGGCACCUGGGCUGCAUUUCGAUCUCCUCCACUACGGGGUGCCGUACCUUACCCCCCUGUACCGCUCCACGCCCUUUCCUGGAGGGGAAGUCCUUCUGUCUGCCCCCGCUGCCUCCCUGGGCCUCCCCAGACUCUCCAGCUGAGGGGAGGGGGGAAAGAAAAGGGGGAAGCCGGCGGCUCCCUGCGAGUUAGGAAUACACAGCUGGGUGUGGGCUGGAGUUGUGGAAGAAAUUUGGGAGGGAAGUUUAUUGAUGCUUUGUGGUUUUCCCUUUACUUUAAAAAAAAACCCUGGUUUUGGGUUUUAAGGUAUAUUACAAUAUACAAGU